UGAUAAAAUAAAAGUUGAUUUCGUGUUGAAAAUAGAAAUCGUAAAGAAAAGGAAACAAAACCUUACAAAACCAAAAUAUAUUAUAGUGUUUUUUUAGCCCAAAAGUUUUUUGUAUUUUUUCUAUUUUCUAUAAUCAUUUAAUUCUACCCGUUUAACAGUGUUCACAUGGCAACCUUAUUUACUAUAAAAAUAUACAUAAAAUAAAAAAAAAUACAUAAAUACAUAGAGUAGUGAAGUGAAUAGCAAAAAAAAGUAUAAAAACUUAUUUGUUAAUAAUAUCAAUAUUGAAAAUAUAUACAAACAUACUUUAAGGAUAUAUAACUACAUAUAUUUAAAUCUAUAUAGAAUAUAUAUAUAAAACAACUAUAAGGAUAACAAAAGGAUAAUGACCUAAAAUAAUGUUUGCAACCAAUUAAAAAAAUUUACAAGUCAAUAGUAAAAACGAUUUCCAAGAAGAAGGACAAAUAUAAAAAGUAGUCACUUCGAUUAUAGAAAACAGAGGAAAAAAACGAAAAAAGAAUGCAACAAGGACAACAGAGAAAGAAACAACAUAAACAAUUAAUAUCCUUAAAGGAAAUAAACAAUUUAUUUAAAAAGCAAAAGCAAUAACAAAAACACAGAAAGUAUUAAGGAAAAUAGUCAGAAAGCGAAAUAAUCAAAAUAUACACGACUCCAACUGUUAACGGAAAAUUAAAAUAAAUCGUAUAAAAUAUAGAAUAAUUGGUAGAAAAGAAGAAAAAACUCAGCUGCAUACAGGGAUUGCCUUCGCAGCAAAAGACAAGUUUGUCUUUAAGCUGUUAAGAGGAUUUGCAUGGAUCAAAAGAGCAUCACCAUAACAUUUAAGUACUACAGCAACUAUUGGAAAACACUGGCUACCACCAACGCCACCGCCGUUAAAAAAGAAGUCAUUUAAAAGAAGAAAAUCCUCUCCCUACCACUCACACGUUUUCAAUUUAAAAUUUUUUUAAAGCAACACAAACAUACAAUUAUCAAUCAAUCAAUGACAUCAACGAACAUUUACUUCAAACUCUUACAUGUAUGCAUAUAAAAAUACAAAGAUACAAAAGACACACACACCGUUUUGCUCCAAAAAAAAAUACAAUUAUUUGCUUGAAACGUAUAUCCUUUCAAGUAGAUUGCAAAAAGAGUGAGGAGAAACUUAAACUUAAAAAAAAUGAAAAAUAACAGCGAAUUUAAACGAAAACUAUUUUUAAAUAAAACCCAAUUGAAUGAUGAAUGUACAAAUCAGAAAGAAAAUAUUGAAAAAUCCCUAAAAUACAAAACUCCUAAAACUAUGCAAUAUAAAUAUGAUAGCAAAAUAGUUAAGAAAACAUCAACAAUAACGACUACAACUACAACACCACCAUUAAUGAUGACAACUUUGUCAGCAACAUUAUCAACGUCAUCAUUAUCGCCAUUAUUAUCAUCAUUAGCAGCACCAUUGACGAUAUCAUUAAAAACACAAACAUCUACAGCAGCAAACGAAGAAACUAACAAAUUAAAGGAAAUACAACGAGAUCCUUUGCAACAACAACAGCAACAGCAGCUACAACAAACUGAGUUAAAAUGCCACCUGCAAAAUAACAACGACAAAUAUGUUCAAUCAUCAGUAAAGACACAGCAGCAACAACAAGCAGCAGCAACAUUUGUAAAGUCAACAAUUUCCAAUGAUAUUAACACCGGAAAUACGUUGCUAUCAUAUGUUUAUAACAAUAAAACAACAACCAACAGCAGGAAUAACAAAAAUAAUGAUGAAGAAAAUAAAGACGACGACAAUAAUGAUAAUGUAACAUCCUUGAGAGUAACAUCAACACCAGCAGCAGCUAAAACUUCCUGUUUAAGCAACACCAACACUAACAAUAAUAAUAAUGAUAAAGACAUCAUCAUAACCUCAACAUUAUCAGCGGCCUCAUUGUCAUCACCAUCGUUAAUACAUCAUGAACAUCGUCGUCAGAAAGUUAUUGCCACUAACACUCAAACCACCACCAGCACCUACAAACACUCAGCCCUUUAUCAUGAAAUGGACAACAGCUUAAGCAGUUUUAAAUUUUGGAAAACCACCACCCACUCCUCGUCUUCAAAUGCCACCAACAAAUCCUGCUACUCUUUAUACACUUCCUCGAACGUCAUUUGGCUAUUGGCUUUAGUGUCGAUGUUCAGCUUAUUCGGUUGCGGUCAUGCUGGCUUUGCUUGUCUCAGUAAUCCUUGUGUCUUUGGCGUUUGUAUUGAUGGCCUAAAUAGCUCCUAUUCGUGUUAUUGUAUUGAUGGUUAUACUGGUAUACAAUGUCAAACGAAUUGGGAUGAAUGUUGGUCGGGACCCUGUCAAAAUGGUGGUACAUGUAUAGAUGGCGUGGCCUAUUACAAUUGUACAUGUCCAGAUGGUUUUUCAGGAACGGACUGUGAAGAGAAUGUUGAUGAGUGCAUGUCAAAUCCAUGUCAAAAUGGCGGACAUUGUCGCGACCGUAAUAACGGUUAUACCUGUACUUGUCAACCCGGUUAUUUGGGAGACCAUUGUGAAGUUGAUGUCGCUGUAUGUGAAACGGGCACCGGGGCUAGAUGUCAAAAUGGUGGCGAAUGCAUUGAAGGUCCUGGUCUGGAGUUUUCCUGUGAAUGUGUUGCCGGUUGGCAUGGACGCAUCUGCCAGGAAGAAAUCAAUGAAUGUGACUCCUCACCGUGUCAAAAUGGUGGUGUCUGUGUGGACAAAUUGGCCAGUUAUGUUUGUGCCUGUCCCAUGGGCUAUACAGGGACAAAUUGUGAAGAGGAAAUACUAAUAUGUGCCGAUAAUCCUUGUCAAAAUAAUGCACUCUGUCUGAUGGAGGAAGGCGUGCCCACAUGUUAUUGUGUGCCCGAUUAUCAUGGAGAGAAAUGCGAAUAUCAAUAUGAUGAAUGUCAGCUGGGUCCCCGAUGUAUGAAUGGUGGUGUUUGUAUAGAUGGUGUAGAUACAUUUUCCUGUUCCUGUCCGCCGCUGCUAACAGGUAUGUUGUGUGAGUGUUUGAUGAUAGGAGAAGAUUCUUUGGAUUGUAAUUACACGGCGCCAGCUACCGCUGCUCCCGCCACACACAAACCCAGACCAACACCGGAAUUGACUACACCGAAGGUAGUGUCUACGACUGAUAUUUCCUCAUUUGUAACUAAAUCACAAGAAGACAUAGAUGACGGAGAGUCGAAAGAAACAAUUGAGGAAGAAGAAUCUAUGGAAAAACCAGGCACAGCAACAGUCACAUUAACGGGAACUUCUAGCACAGCCAUUACACCUCUACAUCCUACAUCAGAAUCCGCUGAAGAAGACGAUAGUAGACACUAUACCAGUUACACCACAGAAACACCAACUUCCUAUGACAUUGAUUCUAAAGGCAGUUCCGAGACACCCUAUACUUCACACACAAGUGCAUCAGAAGAUGAAGAUGAUUCGGAAGAAGGUACCACUGUUUCUAGAUUUGAUGCAAGCCCAAGUAGUGAAUUUACUACUGCCAGGCCAAUUAUCACUGGUCAUGGUGUAGAUGACUAUAGUCCUGUCACACACUCGGAAGAGUCCACAGCAGGUAGUGGUGAGUCGGAGGGCGAAGAAGAUCAUUCUGGAGGUUAUAUACAUCCCACUCGACCUAUUUAUACACAUACAGUUACUACUUUGGAAACUACCUACACCAUAGAGUACACUACACCUGUAUCCCCUUAUAGUAAGCCCACCUAUUAUCCCACAUUUGAGAUACCGCAUAUCACCACAAGGCCGGAAACCGAUAGCCAUAUUUCACCUUCCACCGAGACUACUGCUCCCGAAGAGCCUGAUGUCACCGCAACUCACGUCACUAGACCACAUUUUACAACCACAGCAGCACCAUUCUUUACCGAAUAUCCUGAAGUAGUGGUAACAACGAAAUAUGUGGGUAUUGUAGCAGGUAGCGGUGGCGUAACAACGACCGUACAACCUUCAUAUGGUCCCAGUUAUACAAUGACUACAACUUCAAGUACAACUGGCUUCGACUACGAUACAGCUGAGGCAACAUCUCCAGCGCCAGGCAUUUCGGUUACUCUACAUGUUCCCGAAAAUCGUACCUAUACACCCUACACACCAACCACCAUGCCUUCAUUAAUAUACUAUCCCACAACUACUUAUGCUCCCAAAACUAUGGAUUAUGAUACGACACCCUAUCAACCGGAUAUAGGAAUAACAACACAGCACCCCCUUUACACUGACGAUUUAACAGGUCGUCAUAUAUCCACCACUUUAGCUCCAGCAUACACAUCUCCCGAUUUGCCAAGUUCCACGGUGUCCGUGCCGCCAUUAGUUACGGCAACAUCUACAGAAUACAAACCAAUUAUUACCUAUGUGCCACCCACGUUUUCACAACCCACCUUUAGAACUACACUAUCACCACCCACCUCGUAUACAGUACAACCAACAGAAGUGCCACAAACUCCCGUUGCACCGAGUUUUAGUACUCAAGCUCCGGUAGUAUCAAAAGCACCAACUACCGAAGCUAGCAGUGAGGAAGAGGAAAGUGCCAAUACGGUGGGAACUGGAGUUGGAUCUGCCGCAGGUGGCACUGGUGUGGACAGUGAAGCUCAUGCUGAUUGCAUUAAAUAUGGAUGUUAUAACGGUGGAACAUGUGUUACAACCUCAGAGGGAUCAAGGAAGAGUCCAAAUGCCAGAAACAGAAGAGCAAUAUAA